GAACUUAAAUUAGAUUGGUAUAGGGUGGUAUGUCAUAGAUUAAAAAAAUAAUAGAUCGGUGGUGUGGGAAAAUAUACCGUUCUUUAAUCUUUCGAUAAAAAAAAAAUCAGAUUUGUAAAAUCUGUCUCGUAAACGAAAUUUCCUUACGAGUGGGGCAUCGUACGAUCGUUGGGUUUCUCUUUCUAUUUCGCAGACCUCACUCACCCUCACACUCUCAGCCACCGCAACCACCUCCUCCACCACCACGCCGCCGCCGGCAGCCACCGUGAGUUUUCUAGCAUAAUUUGUCAACUCAGCGUAAACGGGGAGGGUUAGCUUUCCAACCAUAGGAAGUUCCAACAAUGGCAGGCAUAGCUAUACUUCUAGAUCUAUGGAGGAAGAAUCAAAAUUUGAGCUCUGGAUUGCACUCUUCUCACGCCAUUCAGUCUUCUAGUGCCUUUUUUUCUGCCUCAGCUGCUGCCACUGCUGCUGCUGCCACUGCUGCUGCUGCAUCUUUUGCUGCUGGGAGCAGUUUUGCUUCAAGGGCUUUGUUUGGGUCAUCAGUUGCAUAUUGUGAUGCUGGUGCAGCAUUAUCAGAAGACUACAUUUCUAAUAUACAAAAUUCUUUUGAAAAGAAUUUUAAAUAUGAUGCUGUAAGAUAUAGUACCAAGCAGUAUAAUGUGGAACUUAAACCUCUCUUCUCUGCCUUUGAAUUGAGGACAUUUGCAAUGACUUCCAUUAGAUCAUUCUUGUUGUUCUAUUUGCCCCUAUUGGAGCCCCGUGCAGAAAUGGAAGACGAUGAGGAUUUCCUCGAGGAAAAUCAAGAGCACCAUGUUGAUCUGGUUGUUCCCUUCAAAAAAUCAGUGAAGCAAAUCAUACGUGAGACAACCGUUGUGACCACCAGAAGGAUUUUAGAAAGAAUUUCUGUUCAUUAUGUUUCACAAAGAAUGGCAUGGAAACUUCUUAAAGAUAUCCCUAGAUCAGCAACUCGCAAGGCUGGAAGGAACAUGCCUACUUUGGUUUACUUCUACUGUGUGGGCAGAACAACUUUCAGAGGACACAUGCUCGGAGUUGCAGCUUCAUGGCUUGUCCAAGUAGGCAUGGAUUUAUAUCGAUUCUUUUCCUCCGGGUUCAAGGCUCAGCAUGAGGAGGAUAAUGAUCUUGAUCAAACCAAGCAUGUUGGAGUUCUUGGACAGAAGGUUUUCAUUGCUACAAUUAGAUGUAGUUCAUCUUUAAUUUUUGCUGCCAUAGGAGCAGGAAUUGGUGCAACCCUUGUUCGUCCAUCGCUUGGCCAGUGGAUUGGGUGUGCUGCUGGUGAUUUGGCUGGUCCCAUUAUUGUAGCAUUUUGUGCUGACCAAUUAUUCCAAGUGAAACUUUAAGCUAAUUAUAUUUUCUGACAGAUUUUUUUACCCGUUUCCAAUAACUCGGGUAUAAUAUGAAUUUUGCUGUAUUUGCUAGCCAUAUCUGAUCGAGCCACUAGAAAUUGGUGGACUGCUUUUAGCUGAAAGAAUUCUAACAUUUUUCCCCUGAUAGAAUAUUCGAUAUUAUUUCAAUAUAAUACACUCACCAAGCUAUUUAUUAUGAUAUUGCA